AUGUCGAGGCCUCCAGCACAUCCUAAAGGAUGGGCACCGACACCAUCGGUGACUUCUCCGCCUGUGUCUUUCCGACCUGCGACCCCAACACGACACUCGCCGAUCCACCGUCUCCCACCACCGUACAUUCCGUGCCCAAAACCGAUGAGGCCCACAUCAUCUCCAUUGCCUGCUGCUGUACCACAACCUUAUAGAUACCCAUCACCGUGUCCGUCACCGCAAGUAUAUGAAUCGCCUACAUCGAUGCCGUCGUAUAGACCUCGAGAAUUUGUGGUGCUUGAAGCUCCGUCACCACAACAGUGGUCAGAUGAAGAGAACACGAUGACCGACGGCCGUUCAACUGCAGAAAUAAUUGCGCAACAAUCGCAGGAUUACGUUGAUGAAAAAUUGGCAGAGUAUCAGGCUACGAUUUACAUGCUACAAGAAGAAGAAGAAGAAUUUGUGUACGUCUGUCUCACCAGCAUCACCGUCCAUCAAACAAUUUUACAUUUUUUUAUUGGGUGGUGCUGGUGCGAGACUUACGUAAAUAUUUGGUAUCACAAGAUAGAAAAAGUAUGUUAUACAAAUUAA